GAUAAUUUGACGAACUCUACAAACCAGUUUUUUUGAGCUUCCUCCACUUAUCACCCUUCUUCUGAACCAUGUUUUUGCUGGUGAAUUAGGGAAUCUCCUGUCGACUUCGAAAAGCCUCCAACUUUUCCCACUCUUUCUCGGUUUCAAUUUCCUUCUUCUCUUUAUUUAAUUCUGUUCUUCUCUGUUCAUCCUCCCCUUGUUGCGAAGGAACACCAAUACCAGAGAGAAUCUGCGACAAUCAGCAUCUUCCUCUCCACUGCUGAAAUUUGUCCUCCCCGAGGUUUUGUUAGGGAAAGACAAUCGUUAAGAGUGGAGUUCCUAAAUCAAUAUAUGCCAGGGUAAUGUAACAAAAUUCUCGUUACGGGAUGAACAACGAGGUUUUUGAAGUACAGGUAUUGACUGAGAAGUUAUCCAAACUCAACAAUUCUCAGCAGAGCAUUGAGUCUUUAUCAAGAUGGUGCAUUUCCCACCGGAAAAAGGCCAAGCAGAUUGUUGAAACAUGGGACAAAUCAUUCAACUCAUCUCAGAAAGAGCAGCGUGUUUCAUUUCUGUAUUUGGCAAAUGACAUUUUGCAGAACAGCAGGCGCAAGGGGAGUGAAUUUGUGAAUGAAUUUUGGAAAGUUCUUCCUGGUGCUCUCAAGUAUGUCUACGAUCAUGGUGAUGAAGGUGGAAAGAAAGCAGUUGCGAGACUUGUCAAUAUUUGGGAAGAAAGAAAGGUUUUUGGUUCUCGGGGUCAGAGUCUUAAGGAUGAAAUGCUUGGUAAAACUCCACCUCCAACUCAAUUACCCAGCAGCAAUGGGAAGAGUUCAAAUCCUAUAAAGAUAGUGAAGAGGGAUGCCCAUUCUGUGAGAAUUAAACUGGCUGUUGGAGGUGUUCCAGAAAAGAUUCUUACUGCAUUUCAGUCUGUACUUGAUGAACAUCUGAAUGAAGAUGCUGCUCUGAACAACUGUAGUUCUGCUACUCAUAAUCUGAAUCAAAUCGAGGAAGACUUAAAUGCCUCCUUAGCUCAAGGAACUCAACCAAGGUCUGGUUUGCUGGAUGACCUUCAAGAGCAGGAAAAUGUAAUUCAAGAAUGUAUUAGGCAGCUCGAAAGUGUUGAGGCAACUAGGGCUUCUUUGGUUUCCUUGCUUGUAGAAGCGCUUCAGGACCAAGAAUCAAAGCUGGAACUAGUUCGCAGUCAGUUGCAGAUUGCUCGAUCUCAAAUUGAGCUUGCAAGUAAUGUUCGGAAGAGAUUUACUUCGACUCCAGUUCCUGGUUCUUCAGCUACUACCAUGGAUCUCCUGACAGAAAUGACACAUGUGACCGAUACUAAGUUAUCUUCGGUUCAACAAAACAUAAUCUCUUCUCAGUCCCCUCUUGUCCAGGCUAUGGCGUCUUUUCCUGGUCCUAAAACCAGUGAAGAGGAAAACAAGAGAGCUGCUGCUGCCGCCGUUGCUGCAAAGUUGGCUGCUUCUACAUCAUCGGCACAGAUGCUUACCUCUGUUCUUUCAUCCCUUGUUGCAGAAGAAGCUGCUUCCAUGAAUGGUAGCCUUAAAUCAUCUGGGUUCUCUUCAUUGUCCAUAUUCUCUCCUGAGAAACGACAGAAACUUGAGAAGCCAAUGCCUAUUUCUGAUGUCAGCAGUUCAGAUGGCGUUAGUGCAUCAUUUGUUACACCUAUGCAACAACCACAAUUGACAAGUUUACCACUUGCACAGUCAGUAAACGGGCAACCUGUUUCGCAGGCGAACCCAAGUCAAGCUUCAUUUGCUCCACCACCUCCGCCAGCGCCACCAUCUCUGUCCUCAACUCCACCAGUGAAUCAAUAUGUGCAGCCUGGUGGAUUAAUGGGGGUAUUACCGUAUAAUUUUGGAGCAUAUUCUCUACCACCUCCACCUCCGUUGCCUCCACAUAUUGCGAUGGGUUUGAGUAGGCCGACAUCUCAGCCACCUCAGCAACAGCUGCAGCAGCCUCAGCAGUCACAGCCAACUUCAGCAGGAUUUUAUCGGCCACCCGGUAUAGGUUUUUAUGGGCAAGGCCAGCAGUCGACGCCACCCCCGGUCCCUAGGCAGUAAGUUCCCAGGUAGAAUUUACGUGGGCCAAAUCUUCACUUAAAGGGUUAACAGCUUUGCCAUACACAUUUCUACUUGCCAACUGAGAGUUCAUUUCAGAAUUUGUAUUAUCAUGUAAAUUAGUAGAUUUUUUUUUUAUUAUGUAGAAGUUUUAGUAUAUCUUCUCCUGCCAACAAUUUAAAAGAGCAUGUUGCAGCUGAGGAUUCGUCCGUGCUGAUGGAAAAAUUAGGUGGCUACAUUUAGGCCUUUCCAAUCUAAUGCUAUAAAAAUUUGGAAGCUCGAUGAAUUCUAGGCUACCUCAAAAUUUUACUGUGGCCAGGUAAGCUUUUCUCCCAUAUGUUUGGAAGCUGGUUAGAGUACUGCCCAGAAGAUUUUUAGUUGACAUGUUAGAUUCAGCUUUCAAGACCCUGUUGCCUUUAAAAUCUUCAUGGAUAGAGUGGCCAAAUAGACUUAUUUUGGAUAGCAAUAACAGGAUGAUACUGGUCUGUAAUAUAACUUAGUGAGGCCAUGAAAAUUACAAGUUAAAUACAGCAGUGCCACUGUUUUGUAAUCUGUUGCCCUGUUUUCUUAUUCAGUAGAGAACUUUUAUUUAGAAUAAA